UUCGCGCACAAGCCAAACAAAGUCAUAUUUUGUGGUAAUAUUUCAUCUAUCGACAGUGUGCAACAUGUUUUGUACUAUUAUCGAUGUCAGCUGAGCGUUUAUCCUGUCCAUUAUACUUUUAAUUUAAUUUAAUUUAUUCGGUUGAGCGGGAUUUUGAUUUAUUUUUGUUGCAUUCGUUGUUGGUCGGUCACAUAUUGUCGGUGGCAUUUCUUUUUCUUGUCGUGGGUAUUCAUUAUCAGUUGCCUGUGCUGCACUUCAGAUCGGCUUUUAUAUUUUGCAGUGAUGUGUUUCACAUAAUAAAAAUACAGAUAAUUUUGUGAAAAUUAUCGUUAAUCAACACAAAUCAAAGUGUUUUUUUUUUGUUCAUUCCAACAUCUAAAUAUAAACAGUACAAAUUUUGAAUGCUGACACAAUGGCUUGGAAUAAUAUUUUAUUCAAUGUGCUUAUUUUCAUGGUGACAACCAGUCAUGCCAUUGAAAUAUCAUUAUCGGAGGGAUGGACUAUCACAAAUGCGAAUCAAAGCAUUCGAAUACACAAUGAACAGAUUCCAUCAGGUGUUUAUACAGCAUUACAAAACGCAAAUAUAACCGAUUCCGUUUUGAAUAGCUACAACGAUGUUAAUCUGCGAUGGAUAGCAAAAGACGAAUGGAAGUAUACAUUAGAUUUUGGCGUUACGGACGAAUUACUAAAUCAUUCGCAUAUUUUAUUGGUGUUUCACGGUCUUGAUACAAUUGCAACCAUAUCAAUAAAUAAUCAUGAACUAUUGCCCAAUCCCAAUAACAUGUUUACACGAUAUCGCUACGAUGUUGCAGAUAAAUUGAUAACGUCAAAUAAUUACCUCGAAAUCCAAUUUCGAUCGCCAAUUGAAGUGGCUAAAAAAUAUGCGACCGAAAAUAACUUUACGCCACCCGAAUGCCCAAAUCAACGAUACCAUGGUGAAUGCCAUAUGAAUCAAUUGCGAAAAAUGCAGGCAAGCUUUUCAUGGGAUUGGGGUUUGGCUGCUCCUUCCGUUGGCAUUUGGAAACCCGUUACUUUGGAAGUGUAUGAUACUGCAAUAAUUCGUGAUAUCACAUAUACAUUGCAUUCGUUGAACGAUGAAUGGCAAAUUGAUGUCUCUGUUUACUUGGAAUGUGGCGUUGGUUCGAAAUCAAUUCGAUCAUUUGAAGGAUAUUUAUUUGUUGAUUUAAUUGAUUUACCGGAACUUCCUGCCAUCGAAAAGCAUGUGAUCAUUUCCCGAUCGAAGGUUGAUUCAUUCAAAGAAACCAUUACAUUUACUCUGCCAAAACAUUUAGUCGAACUAUGGUGGCCAAAUGGUUUUGGCAAUCAAACAUUGUAUCGCUUGAAUGUAACAUGGUUGGGUGAAAAUCGUGACAUAUUUACCAAUGAAAUUAAACAAAUUCCAAUCGAGUAUUUACGAUCGGAAAAAGUGAUACGUAUCGGUUUUCGAACGAUUGAAUUGCAAGAGGAUGAUGCAACCGAUGGCAAUUUAUUCUAUUUUAAUGUGAACGAUUUUCCGAUAUUUAUGAAGGGAACCAAUUUAAUUCCAAUCGAUAUUUUACCGGAAAAAAUGUUUAACAAAGAGAAAAUCGAAUAUUUGAUACUUUCAGCAAAAGAUGCACAUAUGAAUUCGAUCCGUGUAUGGGGCGGCGGUGUUUAUGAAUCCGAUUAUUUUUACGAUUUGGCCGAUGAACAUGGUUUGCUCAUUUGGCAAGAUAUGAUGUUUGCAUGUGCAAUGUAUCCAAUUCAUUCGGAGUUUUUGGACUCGGUUGAGGUAGAAAUUUCACAAAAUAUACGCCGUUUACAACAUCAUCCAUCGAUUUUAGUUUGGGCUGGAAAUAAUGAAAAUGAAGCGGCUCUGAUUCAAAAUUGGUACGGAACACGAAAAGAACAGGCACGUUUCAUGCAAGAGUAUAUUCAAUUGUAUAAAAAUGUCGUCGAGAAAGCGGUACGCGAUAACGACCAAUGGCACAUCUGGUUAUAUUCAUCGCCAUCGAAUGGCAAUCGAUCGAAUAAGGUUAUCAAUGAAAAUCCACAGGAUAAUAAUCGUGGUGAUGUUCAUUAUUAUAACUACAUAUCGGAUGCAUGGAAUUCAAAUAUAUUUCCGAAGGCACGAUUUAUAUCCGAAUAUGGUUUUCAAAGCAUUCCAUCGCUCCAUAGUAUUCAACAAACAAUGUAUUCAACGGAUAAAUUGGAUGACCUAAUUGAUCAUCGUCAACAUUUUCCAUUUGGAAAUUUGCCAAUAAUCACUGCCAUCAAUCGAAGUUUAUUAUUACCAAAACAGUCAAGCGCCAAUUAUUGGGAUACAUUCAUUUAUUUUAGUCAAAUAAAUCAAGCAAUGUCAACAAAAAUUGAAACCGAAACAUACAGAGUUGGACGAUUUUUUGAAUGGAAAACAAUGGGCGCAUUAUAUUGGCAAUUGAAUGACGUUUGGACGGCUCCAUCGUGGUCGAGCAUCGAAUACAAUGGAAAUUUUAAACUGUUGCACUAUUGGGCCAAAGAUUUCUUUGCACCCAUCCAUGUGGUGGCUAACAUCGAUGUACUAAACAAAUUAAAUGUUUUUAUUAUCAAAGACACCGUUGGCAGAGCUCCCACACUAAAUCUAUAUUUACGCAUUUAUAACUGGUCAAGUUUGAAACCGGUAUUGCAACGAAAUUUCGUGAUAUCAAUGCCGGAAAAAUACGUUGAACGUGUGCUGUUUGAAAAUGUAAAAGAUUUCUUUAAUGAUGCAAUUAACAGUACAAAUAGUUUUAUGCAUUUUGAACUGAAAGACAAAGAGACCGAUGAACUAUUGUCAACGAAUUUCCUUCUUUUGGACAAAUUUAAAAAGAGCAAACAAAUUACAAAUCCACAAUUACAGUACACCAUCACAAACCAGCAUUGUGAUCCAAAAACUGGCAUUCAUUCAGCAAAUAUUGAGAUAUCAGUGACAGCACCAGCGAUUUUUGUUUACAUUAAAAUAAAAACGCCGCAAAUCGAAACGUAUAAGUUAUCAAAAAAUGGCUUUAUUCAACUAUCGUCGAUGGAUUUAGUUACAAUAUCAUUUAAUAAUCGAAAUUGUGCAAUGGCAUUUACCAACGACGAUAUACAAAUUCUAACCGUUAAUGAUUUUUUAACAACGUAAUUUUUGUUUUCAGUUUUUCUUUAGCGAAUUUAACAAUCAAUUAUAUAUGACUCAUCUGGCCGUCGUUUACGUUUUGUCUCAUUUUUUUCUCUUCUUUCUUUCUUUCUUUCUUUUUUUUUAAAUUUCAUUCACAUUAUUUGCCGGUCGUGACAAAAAUGUUCAACCUAAAUUGAGUUUGUGAUUGAUUCGGGUUAUUUUGUAUAAGCAUUUCUACAAAAAAAAAAAAUAGGCAAAGAAAAAUACAAUCAAAUAAUUUAGAGCAAAAUAAAAUUAUAAUAAUUACAAUAAAAAAAAUAUAAUAAUGACAUUAAUGCAAUCAACAAGGAACGGUAAAUUCGCUGUUUGUUUUGGGCAAUUUUAUGACUGCGAAUGAACAAAAAAGCAAAAAAAAAAAUACAGAAAUUACUUAACAAAUUUCAUGAA